UGGAGGACAGGAGGAAACGGACAAUGUAGCCAGUGGACGAGAUGAUGACCAGAGCCGACCUGAGAGUCGCACAGAUACUAUUACUUCCGCUACUCCAGAGAGUGAGCGUCGCAGUGUGAGUAUAGCCACGAUGUUGCCGUGGGGAGCGCACAAGGAGAGAUCGCCGCAGCUAACCUCUCUCAACAUGGACAUGGACAUAAGGCCGGGGGAGUUUGUAAUGCGCACACUGUUUGCAGACUUCACACUACAGGCGGAGAAGAAAAUAGAGACUGUACUGUCUGAGCAUGAGAAGCCACUGUCCAAAGUGCUGCAGCGAGGGGAGGACCCAGUAUUUGAUCAGCUGUUGUCUGCAUUUGGUUGUGUCGCUGAACAUUGCCUACCGUCCAUGCUCAAAGCUCUGUUUGCAUGGUACGAGAGACAACUGGGAGAUUUGGGCACCAUCGAGGCAAAAAAGGUGGAGCAGAAAGGGAAAAGCGGAGACACAGCUGAGCGUAGUGAGAUUGAAGCGCUGCAGGAGAGACGAGCCCUGGCUGUAGAGUUCAUCUUUUGUCUGGUGCUGAUAGACGUGUUGAAGCAACUACAGUUCCACCCUGGUCAUGAGGAUCUGGUGUCGGACAUCGAGGACGUAGCGUUCAAACACUUCAAGUACAAAGAGGGUGUCCAGAACAGCACCAACGCCAGUAAUGUUCACACAGUGGCCGAUCUGUAUGCCGAGGUGAUCGGAGUCUUGGCCCACUCGCGCUUCCUCUCCGUCCGCAAGAGGUUCAUGUCCGAGUUAAAGGAUCUUAGAGCGAGAGAGCCAAGUUCAAACACUACUCAGAGCAUCAUCUCGCUGCUGAUGGGGAUGAAGUUUUUCCGCAUAAAGAUGGUCCCUAUCGAAGAGUUUGAGGCUUCGUUUCAGUUUAUGCAAGAAUGCGCACAGUAUUUCCUUGAAGUUAAAGACAAAGACAUCAAACAUGCCCUUGCUGGAUUGUUCGUAGAGAUUCUUGUUCCAGUUGCAGCGACAGUGAAAAAUGAAGUGAAUGUCCCGUGUCUCAAGAACUUCGUAGAGUCUCUGUACUCCCAGACUCUAGAUAUGUGCACCAAGUCCAAACAUCGUCUGGCGCUGUUUCCUCUGGUCACAUGUCUACUGUGUGUGUCACAGAAGACGUUCUUUCUGCAGAACUGGCACUAUUUCCUGGCCAUGUGUCUGUCACACCUGAAAAACAGGGAUCCGAAAAUGUGCCGAGUGGCUUUAGAGGCCCUGUACAGGCUGCUGUGGGUGUACAUGAUCCGUAUCAAAUGUGAGAGCAACUCCGCUACACAGUCCAGACUGCAGAGUAUAGUCAACAGUUUGUUCCCCAAGGGCUCCAAGGCCGUCGUACCUCGAGACACUCCGCUCAACAUAUUUGUCAAGAUUAUACAGUUUAUCGCACAAGAGAGACUAGACUUUGCCAUGAGAGAGAUAGUGUUUGACCUGCUGUCCGUGGGGAGACCGAUCAAGAUGAUCUUGACACCAGAACGCAUGUCCAUUGGUCUGAGGGCGUUCCUUGUAGUGGCCGACAGUCUGCAACAGAAGGAGGGCGAGCCUCCCAUGCCUCGCACAUCAGGCGUUCUACCCUCAGGGAACACACUGCGGGUCAAGAAGACGUUUCUCAACAAGAUGCUGACGGAGGACACAGCGCGUAGUAUUGGCAUGUCAGCGUACUUCCCUCACGUCAGACGAGUGUUUGUGGAUAUUCUGAGAGCCCUUGACGUCCACUACGGCCGUCCACUCAUGAUGACUAGCACUCAGAAUGUGAACAAGGAGCCAGACGAGAUGAUCACUGGGGAGCGCAAGCCACGCAUCGACCUGUUCCGCACAUGCGUGGCCGCUGUGCCUAGACUGAUCCCCGAGGGCAUCACUGGCGCAGAGCUGGUGGACCUGUUGGCCAGACUGACGGUUCACAUGGACGAGGAGUUACGAGGUCUGGCCUACCAGAGUCUGCAAACGCUGGUCAUCGACUUUCCUGACUGGCGGCAAGACGUCAUACUGGGUUUCACCCAGUUUCUGGCAAGAGAUGUGCAGGACACUUUCACCCAGCUGUUGGACAACGGACUGCGGAUGUUGCUACAACUCAUCACCAGCUGGAAGAAUGCUCUCGGCCCAGCCAAGGACAGGACCAAGGAGCAGGAGCCAAGCAGGGCGACCAUCACACCACGCAGGCCGGACUUUGCCUUGAGGGAGCAGUCGGCUUGCAGCGUGUUUCAUCAGGUGGAAGGGUUUGCUCUGGUCAUGUUGUGUCACAACAGACUGUGUCCACGCAGACUGGCCGUACACAUCCUGAGAGAGGUGAAGACACUCAUCAAAGCUUUUGGCGCUAUGGAGGACGACCAGCCAGUGAUUGAUGUGAUAGACCGUUGCUGUCCCCAAGUGGUAGAGUCUUGUCUACCAUUGCUGCCACCAGCUGAGAAAGCUGCCGUGUUGUCAGUGUCUACUGUGGAUCUGCAGUGGAUCGCAGACAGAACGUCUUCUGUAUGGACUGGAGGUCUAGCAGACGAGAACAGUUCCAAGUCCUCGGGCAGCAGUUUGGCCAGUGUGGCCAGUGACCCGUGGGCUAUCUGUCUGUUUGGGUUCCUAGAGCGAGGUCGAGUACUGAAUCUCUGUCCGGCCGCAGUGUCUCACUCGUGGCCGACCGUGUACUCCAGGCUGCACUCACUGUUCACUGUCAUCGACCCAACGCCUGUAAGUGACAACAGAGCGUCUCUUCUGCGUAGUUCUGCGCCGCCUCGUAAGCCCAUCACUGAGAGAGACAUGCACCUGGUGGUGUGGCGCAACUACGUGACGUUUGCCAUGAGAGUGGUUCCUCCAGCGCCGAGUCCCAUCAUCCGGUGCGCUUCUCCGGACCUCAGCCUCAGUUCUUCUCCAGACAGUCUGACAGAACGCACAGACAGCAGGGCUGCCAACCCUUCGCCCAGUGGUUUGUACAAGCUGGUGGUACCACUGCUGAGGUGUGAGGUGGCUGAUGUCAGAGACGCUGCCGUGCACGCCCUCGGCAAAGUCAACUCUGACGCACUCAAAGAUCUGAUGGAAGAGCUGGUGGUGUAUAUAAGAGAGGCAGUGGACAGGAAGCAGGAGAAUAUGAGGCGCAGACGACGAAGAGACGCUCUCAGACUACAGCUGGUUAAAGUGUUUGAGCUCAUUGCCGGCUACGGCACGUUUGGAAUUAGCUCUUGUGUGUUGGAGCGAGACUCGCAAUCACUCCACCCGACCAUCGUGGAGUAUGUAGACGGAGCGAGACUCUGUCUGGAGGCAGAACCUGACAAAGAAGCUCUCAAAGACAUCAAGCUUCACUUCUGCAAUUUCAUACGGAAAAUGCUCAAGAGCUUUCAAUUGGAGACAUACCCGACAUUACUGAAGCGAGACUUGCGUCGCAACUUGUUUAUCCUCUUCGCCGGAUGGAGCGGCAGCUUUGGCCGGUCGUUGGCCUCCGCACUGACAGGGACGGGGGCUCCGCCAGCCCCACCGGCACCACCCCUGCCUGAGGUACCUGAUGAUGAGGAACCGCAGUUCUGUGCUCUGCAAGCCAUGAGUGCCGUGCUGUGCUGCGGUCCGUGCUUUGAACCUUCGGCUCUGGCAGAGGAUGGGUGUUUGUACCCGUGGUUGGACUCUCUGCUUGCUUCUACUGAUGAUAAGAUUUACAAGCUAACAUGUGACACUGUGGUGCUCCUGUUAGAAUGCAACCCAGACAUGGGUUCGUUGCUUGAUUGGGUAGUAGACCGUUGCUACACUGCCAAAGCUAAGGUGGCUGACGGUUGCUUUCUCGCCCUGGCUACCAUCUUUAGUGCGCGAGAGUACCCGUGUGAUCACUACACAGCCAUUAUCAACGUGACUCUGAUGAACACAGGGUGUCCCAGAACCCAAGUACAUGAAACUGCGCUACAGCUGCUACAGGUGUUGGACAAAAGGUUCUUCGGCGCCGUGGGACCGUUACCUGCCGAAGGCGACACUGGAGAAAGAAGAAGAGGUGGAACCUUAGAUCUGCUGUUGUCCACCACCUACUGUCGCUCCCAACUGCAUCUGUCCAGACAACUGGCUCAGCUGCAUCCUGAACUGACAAUGCCAAUGUACUCAGAGAUCACGCACAGGUUCCAGACUGCUAGACCUGAAGUACGUCAGCUGUUGUUGCAAUAUCUGCUUCCUUGGCUGCACAACAUGGAGUUGGUUGAUCCCAACGUACCUCCGGGAAAUCCCCUGUCUUACUUUCAGUACUACGCCAGUGACAUGACCAGAUCUGGAGGCAGGAGGGAGGGUUGGGGCUCAGUAGAAGCCACAGAGAUGGUCCUCAACAACCUAUUCUACAUCACUGCCAAGUUUGCAGAUGAACACCCUAAGGAGGUAGAGGAGGUUUGGGCCACUCUGUGCUCCUGUUGGCCUAACAACCUCAAGGUCAUCAUCAGAUAUCUCCUCAUCAUCUCUGGGAUGGCACCACUGGAGCUGCUGCCAUACGCCAAGCGUGUUGUGCUGUACUUGGCAAGAGCUCGGUCUGAUCGUCUCUUGGAUGAGAUGAUGUCCGAGCUGCAGACCAUCGAGACUCUCAACUGUCUCAUAGAACGGACGGAAACGCCACCUUUCUACAGGUUGACGUCCAUGAGGAAGGCGAGCAGUCACAGUGAUCCCGGGCCAGGAGGUCCCGGAGGAGGCGACUGCUCCAGGACUGACCUGGCUGUGGAGAAGGGAACCAUACACACUAAGAGACACAGCGGCGAGGACCCAGGGAAAACUGGGACGUCCAAGUCAGAUUCAGCACUGAGAGCCUUGGCGGGGGGCGGAGGCUUUGUACCCCCACGGGGCGCUGAUAAGAUCCGCACUGCUUCGGGCCCCGCUAUGUUGUCUGAGGAAAUUUCCACCCCUACCACUGAGACUGAGCUGGCCCAGGUUGAUGAGACAGGAGCCAGAUAUGAUAUACCACAACCUCAUCCUCUACCCAUGCCUGAGUACGGAGGCUACUUUGCUCCUCUCACAGAAUAUCUGCCUGACAACAACCAGCCCAGCAGCGGCUUCCACAGGUGUAACGUAGCUGUCAUGCUGCUCACUGACGUGGUCGUGGACGGUGUAGACGUAGACUGGAGUAUCCACGUGCCUCUCAUGCUUCACAUCCUGUUCCUGGGGAUGGACCACUCACGCACUCUAGUACACGAGCACUGCAAACAGCUGUUACUCAACCUGCUGUUGGUGCUGGCUGAUCACAACGACCACUUGUCCGUCGCUCAGAUCCUCCUCAAUCACAAGACUGUAGAGCUGGGUCUCGGUCUGCCGACGCCGCCACUACCUGUGCUGCCACACAUCUUUACAGAGCCGGAUACGGAGUUUGACAGUUACCUCCAGGGCCCCGUGGUCCAAGUACCUUCUAACAGUCUGGCCGCACUGCCUUCUGCUCCAUCUGGUGAAGUGGUGGCCAUCAAUCCUCCGGUGAUUGUAGUCCCGGAGGAGAGUUCCUGGGUCGGACCCCAGCCCGGACCUAACAUGCCGAUACAGGAUGUGGUGAAAUCCCUCAUCGAGUUCUUAGCCACCAGACAAAACCAGGUGCUAUGGAACUAUGAGGACAUCACAGCUAAGGUUUGGAUAGUCCGCAGUGUUGAACAGCUUGAUGUGUUCCUACAACAUGUGUUGAGGAUAUUUCGAGACUCAAUGCCACAUGCUCUCAUCUCUGAACGCUGGGCACAGACAGCGCUACAGCUAGGGUUGUCGUGCAGUUCCCGCCAUUACGCAGGCCGCUCGCUCCAGCUGUUCAGAGCUCUGCGUGUUCCCAUCACCUCUCGUAUGCUCAGUGACAUCCUCAGUCGACUGGUGGAGACUGUCGCUGAGCAAGGGGAAGACAUGCAGGGAUAUGUCACUGAAUUACUCCUCACUCUGGAAGCAGCCGUAGACUCUUUGGAGUCAGACUUCCGACCUCUGGACUUCAUGAAGGAGAUAUUCAAGUCGACGCCAAACCUGAACAACAAGGAGGGCCAAGGCAGUGGAGGGGGUGCGGGGGGCAAGCGGUCCCCUGGAGGAGGUCCCCCGGUGACAGGAGGCCACUGUCCUGCAAUGAACCAUGCAAGGAGCACCAGCUACUCUGUGUCUUAUUGUAUGAGAAAAGCCACCGGGUCUCCUUCCAACAUAGAUGCCAAAGGGUUUCAUCCUACUGAGUUGAGAGGACGAGUGUUAUCCGAGCUGGAGUCCCGAUCGGGUUGUUCGCUCAACAAAUACUCCACGAACCUGUGUCGCUCUCGGUCCGCUCAGUCGCUCAAGCUACUCGGAGACUCGGCGAGUGCAGACGACAAGAUGACCAUCCUCGCUCAGUUGUUCUGGCUGUCUGUCUCUCUUUUGGAGAGCGACUACGAACAUGAGUUCCUGCUGGCAUUGCGGCUACUAGGUAGAGUAAUGCAUCGGCUGCCCUUGGAUCGACCUGAUGCCAGAGACAAGGUAGACAAACUUCAGUCUCAACUGCGAUGGAACAGUUUUCCCGGAGUGCAUGCUUUACUGCUCAAGGGCUGCACCAACCCCAACACAUAUGAGCCUGUGAUGACGCUACUAUCACAGUUCACGCCACUGCUGGACUUGCCCGUGGUAGAUCCUACCCAGUCCUUGGCCUUCCCCAUGAAUGUGGUAGCUCUGCUGCCGUACAUGCUGUUACAUUACGAAGACGCUAACCAACUCUGUAUCAUGAGUGCCGAGAACAUCGCUCAGGUGAGCACAGAGAAGAGUAAGAAGUUGGAGAACCUUGCGACUGUGAUGACACUGUAUAGUCGCAGGACAUUCAGCAAGGAGAGUUUCCAAUGGACCAAGUGUGUGGUCAAGUAUUUGUACGACAGCUACGCACAUCUCAGUCUCAACAUGCUUGCCUUCCUGGUUGAGGUACUAGAGAAGGGACCAGCCAUGGUACAACUGCCCGUGUUGAGCAUCAUCCACUGUAUGCUGCAUUAUGUGGACCUGGCGUCAGCUGUGGCUCAACCAAUCAACGCAGACCUGCUGCGAGUGAUAGCCAAAUACAUUGAGGGACAACAUUGGAAGGAAUCUCUGAAGAUAUUGAAGCUGGUCGUGACUCGGUCGUCGUCACUGGUCGCGCCCCCUCUUCCUCCUCACCCACCCUCGUGGGAUCCGCAUCCUGCAUGGGCAGACGCUGAAGUGUUCACCAAGAAGGAACUACCUGGUCGUACAAUGGACUUUACCAUCGACCUCUCGCAGACGCCUCUCAUUGGCCGUAAGAACAUCACAGCCGGAGCCAAGAACGUGACGACUGCCUCGCCUCGACGCUCCGUCUCACUCUCUCCCGCAGAUAGUGCUGCUGUCAGUGGCUGGAAAAGACCAUGGAUGUGUCAGGGCCGUGUAAGAGAAGGAUUGGUCAACCUACUUACCACUUGUGGACAGAGGGUCGGACUACCAAAGAGCCCUUCGGUGAUCUUCAGCCAGUCGUCGGACCUGAUGGAGCGACAGUCCUCGAUGGCGUCGUCAACAGAGGAGGUCUCCGGGCCAGACCUCUCCGCCUCCUCUCAGAACCAGGAUCACUUCGGCGUCUUCAAGGACUUUGAUUUCCUCGAGUACGAGAGCGAAAGUGUCGAGGGUGAGAGUACAGACAACUUCAACUGGGGAGUGCGACGCAGGCCGCUGAGUGAAGGGGAGGGAGAAGGAGAGGGUGAACUUGGAGCGCACAAUCCCGAGGAGAGUCUGAGUGAAAAAACUCCAGUCCUGAGCACCAGGAAGGUUGGUGUUGGUGUAGAAGAGUCAUCAGAUGAUGAGAUCGGAUCUGAGUCUCCGCUAGAUGAGAUGGGCGCAGCGCCGGAGUUUGGUGCCGGUGGAGCAGAAGGUGGGGGAACCCCUGUGUAUCCCCCGUCUUCUCUGAACUUACGUGAGAGAAGGGAUUCGGGCACUAGGUCUGAUACAUCUGGUUCGAGUGCAGGGGAUCUGGGUGACUUGACUCCUUGCAACGCUUCACCCAACUUGUCGGCUGUGAUGACGUUUCGACCAAUCACGCGAGACGACACCGAGGAGGCGUGGAGACAACACAUACAGGGGCUGGUGUCUCAUAUUCCUUCCUCCCCUCUACAGCUGUUCCAUAUACUACACAGACUCAUCAAGGACGUUUUGCGUAAGAGUGUGUGCCUGACGAGGGAGGCGUGUCACUACAUGAUUGAGAGUGGUGUGGCGGGAGCCGAGUUGUUGGUACCUCCUAUGGCGGGGCUGACAGACACACUUGCACUGCACGGAGACCCGCCAUUGGUGUGGUUUAGUCCUGAUAAGGUGGCGGGGCCACGGCUCGCGGAGUCACUCAGGUUCGGAAUGCUCGAGUUGAAGGAACACUUGGACACGUUCCUCGACCGGAAAGAUCAUGCGGCUGAGUGUAUGGACAACCUGAAGGGAGUUGGCAGCAAUGAGUCUGUGUUGGAUGUCAGUCGAUCUUUGUACAAACUACACUUCCAACUGCUGCUACUGUUGGAGUCGGCCAACAAAAUGUUCACAGCGUUGUGUUCUACGGCACAAGACAAUCAGCUGAACGACAUCUCACUGGAGGUGGCCGAGAUGAGGCAGUCGUUGAGCCGAGCUAGAGAGGAAGGUUUAGAGUCGAGUGACCAAGGCACCCCCACUCCCACUCCUUCGCCUUCGCCCUCUCCGCUCCCCGACCUGCCGGAGUCACAAGUAUUGGUGGAACUGCUGCAGAACACCAAGUGGCACUCGGCGCUGCACUACGCUCAUCACAACAGGGGAAUGUGGCCGAGUGAUCUGUUGUCCAUGGGGUGUGAGGAGGAUGACAUCACUAGCAUACUCAGUGUCUACUGCAACCAGCUUGUCAGGGAUAAACCAGAUGCGUUCGUAGUGACUGAACAAGACUUGGGAAAGGUCCUAACUGGUCUGAUGGAAGGACUGUACCAAGUAUUAAGCGCAAUCAAGACUUUCGAUACCAAAAGUACAAGAUCAACUAAGAAUUAAUUGUAGUUAUACUCUAUUGUGAUAAAGUUAAGUUCCUUUAUUUCUUGCACUAUUGUAUUUGUUUUAUACUUUAGGUACUUUUGAUAUUAGAUAAUUAUCAAUCAAGUAUUAUUUCAUGUAUGCUUAUUUAUUAUUAAAUAUGAAUA